GUCACUUCCGGGGUCCUACCAGCGAGCAGUCAGACCAAGGCGCUAAAAUCUUGAAGCUUGUUGUGUGAAGUUAGCUUGCUAAUGCCGUUCAAAACAAGUCAUUUAUAAAUUAUUCCUGUUUAUUGGUACUUUAUUUUCUUUUCUUUUUUUUUGUAAAUGGAGGAAUUAGAUGUGGAGCCGACAACCACGCUGAUCCCAGGCGCAGGCCUUAAACAGAAGCACCUGGGCUUUGAGUGGGGUCCUGGAGACCUGCUGAUGUACGAGACCAACUUUAAAUUACAAGAUUCUGGCUCUGGAGGCUCUGGUUCUCCCUUCAUCCACGUGGUGCGCAGAGAUGAGGACAUCUACUCUCCCAUCCUGCGCAAGCUCUUCAACGAGUCUCAUCACAUCUUCGUCGGGCUGCAGAACAUUAAAGAUGACGUUCCAAGCAAGAACAAGAAACUGCAGUUUGUGAGCAUCAGUAAGAACUACAGGUCUGUAAUACGAGCCUGUAUGGAGGAGCUGCAGCAGGUCGCAGUAUCGACUACAGACACACAGUACAGCAACCAGGUGUCCAUUCUCUUAGCCAUUGAACUCAUCUGGAAUCUGUGUGAGGUGCUUUUCAUCGACGCAUCACCAGCCGGCUCUCUGCUGCUGCACCUGCUGGACUGGGUGCGCUUACACAAAGCUGACGUGGAUGAAAAAGCGCGAGAGGUCCUGCAGAGCGAAAGCCCCACACGUCAUCAUGCGUACUGGGACGUGGUGAUGUGUUUUGUCCUGCAGGGCCGAAUGGACGAGGCUCGACAGGUUCUGCAGAAACAGGCGUCUCUACAGCCGGCGUCCAGAGCCGCGUAUCAGCUCGUGGACAACCUGCUGCACAAAAUGCCCGUAUUUAACCCCGGCGGCACUCAGACCCUCACAGAGUUUGAUGUAAAGUGGAGGCACUGGCAUGAGGAGUGUGACCGCUGUCUCCAAGACAACUCCUUCGCUAGCAACCGUCACCUGGAAACCAUCUGCAAGGUCCUGGUUGGUGACGAGGAUGCUCUGUUGGAGCAGAAAGUGCUGCUGGGAACCUGGUACCAUUUACUGAUCAGCCGCCUGCUGUUCUCUCAUCCCACUGUUAAACCCGCUGAGCUGCACUACUACGCUCAGUCAAGUAUGGACAUGUUCCUGGAGUCUCCCAGCGCCUCAGAGCCUCUGGACAGCAUCUUACUGGCUGCGUUUGAGUUCGACCUUCACCAAGUUAUUAAAGACUGCAGCAUUGCCCUGAAUAACUGGUGGUUUGUGGCUCACCUGACUGACCUGCUGGAUCACUGCAAACUCCUGCAGUCGCACAACCUCCAGUGUCAUGUACUGUUUAACUGUGUGUGCGUGUGUAGUUUUGGCUCUAACCUGCGGGAGUUCCUGGUGCUGGAGUACGCCUCUGGACUCUUCUCUCAUCACAGUUUGUGGCAGCUUGCAGUGGAUUAUUUCGAUCACUGCCCCGAGUUCGGUCGUGUGUAUCUGGAGCUGCAGAUCGAGAGAGUGCCGCUGGAGACGGAGCGCAAAGCGCUGAAGGUGCUGAGGAUCUGUGAACAGAGACAGAUGAAUGAGCAAGUGCGCAGUAUCUGUAAGAUCAUGGCUAAAAGGGCUCUCAGUAAUAACAGACUGGGUUCUGCUCUGUCCUGGAGUAUCAGAGCUAAAGACGCAGCCUUUGCCACACUCAUCUCCGAGAGGUUUCUGCAGGAUUACUGCACACGCGGCUCAUUCUCUGAUCUGGAUCUGAUCGAUAAUCUUGGACCUGCCAUGCUCCUCAGUGAUAGACUCACAUUCCUCGGGAAGUACCGUGAGUUCCACCGGCUGUAUGGAGAAAAGAAGUUCGCAGAGGCGGCGAAGCUCCUGCUCUCCCUCAUGACAGCAAAGAUCGCUCCACGCAGCUUCUGGAUGACUCUGCUCAUAGACGCCCUGCCCUUACUGGAGCAGAAAGAGGUGAUCUUUUCAGUGGAUCAGACCCAUGAACUCAUGUUCUGUCUGGAAGAGCUGACCUCUGACAACAGCGAGCUCAAACUAGAGCAUCUCACACAGGAUGAUGUCGAGUCCACAAAGCUGGAGCUGCUGCGAUUGGCUCUGGCGCGUAACCUGGCGAUGGCCAUCGUGAAGGAGGGAACAGUCGAGGCAUAAACAAACACACACACACACACACACACCCACACACAAACACACACUCUGCAGUUAUGUUAAUUCACACACUCACUGUACUGUAUAUAAAACUGAAUGAAUGAAAUGUUUUGACAUUUAAUAAAAAAAAAACUUUUGUUAUACAUUUUUGCAAAAACUGCUGCAUUUCUCCAGAUCUGUGUAUUUCUCUCUCUCUUUCUCUCAAUCUCUUAAGCAUUACACCUGAAAUAACAUCCAAAUAAGCUCUUGCAGUUUGUUAGACAAAAAUUCAUGUUAAAUACAUGAACUAAUUUUACACAGCACAAAUAAUAUCGUAUUAUAUAAUUAUAUUGUACUUAUAUAUUCACUUCUUCAAAAUAUAGCAAGUAGAGUACACUUAAGUAAUAGAGAAGGCACUGAUCCCAUACCGGGUAUGAUCAGCUGAUACUAGCAAAGAAAUGGGGUUCAGAUAUCAGAGAAAAUAAAGAACAGAUUAGAUCUGAUCCUGGAACCAAAAGAUCUACACUAUAUUAAACACCAACUAAAGGACAGAGUGAGAAAUGUGACUUGUGGUGAGUCUCCUAGGGGCUUCUUCACAUAAACUCCUCAGAUGCUGAUCCUGUCAGGUGAGAAUCCCACCAAUGUCAUGAAACUGUUCCUGUCCAUUUCAGAUCCGUCUUUCACUGACUGGCUUCAGCUGGAGUUCGUGUGGUUUUUCACCUGCUGUUCCAAAUAAUCCCUCAGGUUUUCAUUGGGAUUGAGGAAAUGUUGUCCAGGGG